AUGGGUUAUGAUUAUGAAUACCAUUCUCCACCACCUCCAUCUCCUUCAUCACCACCACCAGAUUGUGACCAUGUCAAGCACAAACCUCCUCCACCACCGCCGCCACCUAAAUGUAACAUGACAAUACCACCACCUCCACCACCUCGUUUAACUCCACCACCUCCUCCUCCACCAUGUCACUGCCACUGUCCACCUCCAGCACCCGCUCCUAACCACCCCUACCACCAUCAUCCUCCACCCGCUCCUUACUACCCCUACCACCAUCAUCCUCCACCCCCUCCUCAUUCACUUCCACCAUCACCCUCUAUGUCACCAUAUCAUCAUCACCACCACAACUACACGACUGCUAUCGCCGUUGGCGUCUCUCUAGGCGGUGCCUUCUUUCUUGCAUUCCUCGCCCUUGGUCUCUUCUGCUUGGCUAAAAAGAAGAAGAAACCAGUAACAAUUCCAGUAGCAGCAGCCGCAGUCGCUUGUGUUGAGGAACACGAACACAUCCAGGAGACGAUUACGACAAACCCGUGUGGAGAACAAACUGUGACUGUCACAAUAGACGACGACGUUCAAGUUCAUGAAAUUGCGAGUGCAAGUACACUUGCUCCUCCUUGUGAACCAGGAGAAACUGGGCCUUCCACUCAUUCUCAAGGCCAUCAACACAAGUUACACAACACUUGA